CUUCCAUAGAGCGAGAAAUUUCAGAAUUUGUCGUUUGGAUCUUUAUUGAUUGAACGAUGAUGUAUCUUUCAGGUGUAUCCGCUCAGCUAACCAACACCCGUCUCCGGAGGAACACCUCCGUCGGAACGCCGUUCUGGAUGGCCCCCGAGGUCAUAGCAUGUGAGCAGCAGUUGGAUUCGACAUAUGAUGCUCGUUGUGAUGUCUGGUCUCUCGGUAUUACCGCCGUCGAGCUGGGAGAUGGAGACCCACCCCUGGCGGACCUCCACCCCAUGAGGGCUCUCUUCAAAAUCCCAAGAAAUCCUCCACCGAGUCUGCAGCAACCAGAGAUCUGGUCCCAUCAAUUUAACGAUUUCAUAUGCAAGUGUCUGAUUAAGGACUUUGAGCUCCGGCCAAAUGUUCAGGAUCUCCUCCAGCAUGCCUUCAUCAAACAGAUCACAGGCCAGGAAGAAACUCUACAGAAACAGUUGACGGAGCUCAUCGAACUCAACCACCAGAUUGGCGUUAUUGAGAAAAUCAGACACGAAAGAAUUCACACUAAAAAAGACGACAACAUGAAGUCUCAGAGCGACGAACCUGAUGACAUGGAGGAUCUGGCAACCCUGGAAGUUCUCGAUGAAAACACAGUGACGGAACAUCUGCAGAAGCGCUACAGUAAUGAGCAGAUCUACACGUAUGUGGGAGACAUCCUUAUCGCCAUCAACCCCUUCCACAAGAUCGAUCUGUACACUCCUGAGCACUCAAAGAUGUACAUCGGGACCAAGCGCACGGUAAAUCCUCCUCACAUAUUCGCCGUUGCCGACGUCGCGUACCAGUCCAUGGUGUCCUACAACACUGAUCAGUGUAUUGUGAUCAGUGGAGAAAGUGGUGCGGGGAAGACAGAAAGCGCUCACCUCCUGGUCCAGCAGCUCACCCUCCUUGGCAAGGCAAACAACCGGACUCUCCAAGAGAAGAUCCUGCUCGUGAACAACCUCGUAGAAGCGUUCGGAAACGCCUGCACGGCCAUCAACGACAACUCCAGCCGCUUUGGGAAAUAUCUGGAGAUGAAGUUCACGUGUGAAGGAACGGUGGUGGGAGCGCAGAUCUACGAAUACCUGCUGGAGAAAUCCCGUGUCAUUCACCAGGCUGCCGGAGAGCGUAAUUUCCACAUUUUCUACUACAUCUACGCUGGCCUGGCGGAGAGAAAGAAGCUCGCGCACUACAAGCUUUCUGACAGUAAAACUCCAAAGUACUUUCAGAACGAAAACGUCAAGCUCGUGCCCGACAUCGUGGGCAACGCAUCCUACAAGGAGCAUUUUGAAGCGGUGGAGCAGUGUUUUAAAGUGAUCGGGUUCACCCUCGAGGAACUAGGAAGUGUGUACAGCAUUGUUGCGGCCAUCUUAAUCACCGGAGAUAUCGAGUUUGCUUCAGUGGCUACGGAGCAUCAAACCGACAAGAGCAACAUUGCUAACGUGGCUGUGUUAGAGAGCGCCGCGUCUUUGCUGUGUAUCCGUUCGGAUGAGCUGAAGGAGGCUCUCACUUCACACUGUGUGGUGGCUCGGGGUGAGACCAUCGUCCGGCCCAACACGGUGGAGAAAGCCACCGAGGUGCGGGACGCCAUGAGCAAAGCGCUGUACGGACGCCUCUUCAGCUGGAUCGUCAACCGCAUCAACUCCCUGCUCAGACACGAUAACCAGAACGGAGAGGAAGACAAGGAACAAAACAUCGGCAUCCUGGACAUCUUCGGCUUUGAGAACUUCAAGCGCAACUCUUUCGAGCAGCUCUGCAUCAACAUCGCCAACGAGCAGAUCCAGUUCUACUUCAACCAGCACAUAUUCGCCUGGGAGCAGGACGAGUACCUGAACGAGGACGUGGACGUGCGAGUGAUUGAGUAUGAGGACAACCGGCCCCUGCUGGACCUUUUCCUGCAGAAGCCCAUGGGUAUGCUGUCACUGCUGGAUGAGGAGAGCAGGUUCCCCCAGGCCACCGAUCAGACCCUCGUCGGCAAGUUACACCCCUUUCUAAACACUCACACACUCCUCGCAUACAGAGAGUCAAUAGAACACUAUGGGCGGAGUCCUCCAUUUGAGAGUUGGGAUGAUAUUUUUGUAAAAUCACCCAGCCAUACUUGCAGAGUGAUCUAUACUGCCUCUGGGUUUCUGGCUAAGAACCGAGACGCUCUUCCUGCCGACAUCAUCCUGCUGCUGAGGUCUUCAGAGAACGAGCUGAUUAGCAAACUAGUCACUAAUCCGCUCACUAAAACAGCGUACCAGCCGUUUAUUGUUGGUGGCCUGUUUAAGGUCAAAACCUUUCCACUGCAGAGACCAGGUAAUCUAGCUCACACCAAGGGAAAGGGGACAGGGUCGGGGCGACUCAGUUCACGUCAGCGCUCUCCUCAGCGCUCUGUAAACAUCGUCAAGGGAGAGAACGGUGCGGAAAGCAUACAUCACCCUCGGGAGACCACCAACAUGAGGACUCAAACCGUGGCUUCUUAUUUCAGAUAUUCACUGAUGGACCUGCUUUCGAAGAUGGUGGCCGGACAGCCGCACUUUGUCCGCUGUAUCAAACCCAAUAACGACCGCCAGGCUCAUAAGUUCGACAGGGAGAAAGUGCUGAUUCAGCUGCGCUACACGGGCAUCCUGGAGACGGCUAAGAUCCGCAGACAGGGUUACUCUCACCGCAUCGUCUUUGCUAACUUCAUCCAGAGAUACUACAUGCUGGGUUUCCGUGUGAACGAAGAGCCGGCUGUCACUCCUGAGGCGUGUGCAGCUAUUCUGGAGAAAGCCAAGAUGGAAAACUGGGCUCUGGGCAAAACAAAGGCAUGAAACUCUAGCAGAGUGAAAUCCAAUCAUAUUUUUACAUAUAAAAACAGUAGGAAAGGUUCUAUAUCGCGAAACAAGAGUAAGGAAUGUAAGUAAGUCCAAACCCUGGGAGUGACUUUAACG